AUGAAAACCGUUUUGGUCAUCGGAGGCACAGGCGCCCAAGGCGCACCGGUUGUCAAAGCACUGGCAUCCGAAGCCAAGUAUGCUGUCCGUGUCAUUACAAGAAACGCCUCCUCCAAGGAUGCCAUCGAAUUAUCGACCAUCCCUGGGGUGGCAAUCUUCGAAGGAAAUACAUACAAUGAGCCCACGCUUCGUGAGGCGUUAAAGGACGUAGAUUACGUCUUUGCUAAUACCAAUGGAUUUGCCAUUGGCGAAAUGGCAGAAAUCUACUGGGGCAUCCGCAUAUAUGAACUUUGUCGGGAAUCCGAAGUGAAACACUUCGUUUACGCCGCUCUAGAGUAUGCCUCAAAGCUAGGAAAUUUCGACCCUAAAUACCGUUGUGGUCAUGUUGACGGAAAAGGCAAAGUCGCGGACUACAUUUCUGCUCAACCGCCUACUCCCAUGGCCUGGACUGUCGUAACGUCCUGCAUGUACAUGGAAGGACUCUCGGAAUUUCUCCAACCGUUUCCCGACCAUGAAGAUCCGAGCACUCUUGUCUUUGCAGCUCCCCUGGGAGACGGUAAAUGUCCUCUCAUCUAUCUUGAAGACUAUGGCCAGUACGUUAGAUGGGUUUUCGAUACACCGUCUCGCAGUAGCGGCAUGCACUUACACGUGGCAACGGAGGACAUCUCAUGGAAGGACCUUGCUGCUGCUUUUACAAAGGUCACUGGUCGAAAAUCAAUUUAUAAAGACCUAACAUUGGACCAAUAUUUUAAACUGCCAAUCUUUCCAAACCCCGAAAUGGCGGUUGGUCAUUCUGCCAGUGGAGAGAAUCCCACACUUCUCACUUUCCGAGAGAACUUUUCGGGCUUUUGGAAUAUGUGGAAGGACGAUUUAACGAAGCGUGAUUACGACCUUUUGGAUGACAUCCUCCCGUCUCGAGUGAGGAGUGUGCAAGAAUGGAUGGAAAAGACGGGAUAUACUGGGAAACCAUCAUCCGUUUUGAAGGACUACCGCGAUGGGGUGGGUAGCAGAAAUGCUGCCAAGCAGUAA